AUGGAUAACGACAGGCUUUGGAAUCAGCGAUCUACUAUAGGCAGUAAGCGACCAAGUUCCACCCUAGCUCUCGAAGAUCGCGAGGUAAAAAAAUCCCGUACGCAGCCACGCGACAAUGAUGCAGGUGACAAUAUUCCAGACAAUGAGCCGCCAUUACCUGUCUACGAGGACUCAUAUUUCCAAACCCAAGAUCUCCGUUAUAGCCACGGGAAUCUGCUUGAAUAUGGUUCUGGAAGCCAGCUCAACAACUUGACCAGCGGUGAAAUCGAGAAUGUAUCCUUUGAUUCAGUAGAAAUGGGACAACAAAUGCCGACAAGUAUAUAUGACCCUAUGCCGUACAUUGACGAAGAGCAACCUAUAUUUCCUUUAGGGACGGCUCAGGUGCCUGAUUGGGCACAGUCGGAUUUGAUAUUAGCCACGGAGACCUGCGCCAGGAAUUUUCUAUCCCAACCACUCCUCAUUGACUCUUACUUUCCGCCUUCAGUCCAACUCGAUAUCUCUAUGGGCAAUACCCCAAUCUACGACGUCCCAACCCUAAGUAGAUAUUUCGAAGAAUCGCCUUCUUUCAUAGAGAUUAAUGGCCUUUGGGAUUCCCAAGGAAGUCACUUUCAAGGACAUGCGACCACACCAGACGUCCGCUCUGGAAUCGGCGCAUCCCAAGCCAAUGAACCUCUGUCACAAGACCAGGCCGAGUCACUCUUAACUGAAUCCGUGAAGGAUGUAUAUAGCGAUUACGAUACCUGUUUCGGCGUUGUGCUAGCAGUACCCACAUCUUCCUUUUCACAGAAGAAUACAGCUCACUCUGUACCUGUGAAUCUGAAGCCAUUUGGAGGUACUCUAAUGGUUUACGAGCAGGAUUCUGAUGCAUACGCGGGUAUCCUAAACAAUUGUCAGCUCGCAAAUGCACUUCGUCAAAUUCACCUUAAACUAGAUGCUACGCUCUUCAUCUCGGAGGAAAAGGACCUAGGAGGGAUAAAUAAACCUAAAAUGAAAAAGAAUGCCCCCGUCAAAGCAGCCCGAGAGUACAGCAUACGCAUUGUGAUCUAUGGCCUGGGGAGUAAUAAGGAAGCCGUCGGAGACCUUUUUUCAGAUGCUGGUUGCUUUCUACAGCAACCGUAUGCUACGGAAGUCAUACCUGGAGUUCCAUAUGACAACCCCCAUUACCUUGUUCGCCCUGGCGCUGAAAUGCCGAAACUUGAGAAUUUGAGCCUAGACACCGUGGAUGACAAUCCUACCCAUACAGAGAUAAGAGGCGAAAUGAGUAAAGGCCAUUUUCUACGAAUUAUUGAAUCCGCCGAAGCGGACGGUGGAGCAGUAACAGUGGUAAAUACGUCAUUAAGUCCACGACUUCGCACAAAACUUAUGGGACAUCAAAUUAUAGCGCUGGCGAUGAUGCAUGAGAAGGAAAGUGGCUAUAUUGAGGAGCCGACAUUUCCAUCGCUUUGGAGAAAGGAACUUGUUAAGAAUAGCAACAACGUGCAUUAUCGUCAUACAGUUACGGGGCGACUUGAGCCUAGACCUAUCCCAGCUAUGGGAGGAAUACUUGCUGAUGAUAUGGGCCUUGGAAAAACCCUAAGCGUGUUGGCGCUGAUCUGCUCCUCUUUGGAUCUUGAUUCUACGGUAAUGGAUCAAAAUCAGAAAACAACACACCGGGGAACACUUAUUGUUGCACCAAAGUCAACUAUAUACAGUUGGAUGGACCAGGCCUCAGAACACAUCCAUGAAGGACAGAUACGAAUAAAGGUAUAUCACGGCUCCGGUCGAGAGAGUCUUGCCAACCAAUUCUGCAACACUGAUGUUGUCGUCACCACAUAUGAAACGCUUCGCUCCGAGUGGGAAACCCCAGAAGGAACACGUCCUCUUUUCUCCUGGGGAUGGCUUCGAGUUAUUUUAGAUGAAGCCCACCACAUUCGCAAUCGCUCAAGAAAGGCUUUCCGGUCGGUUUGUGACCUCGUAGCCCGUUAUCGAUGGUGUUUGACAGGAACACCAAUUCACAACUCCCUCGACGACUAUGGCGCCUUGCUUAGCUUUAUACGCGUCUUUCCGUUUGUGCAAAAGUCCAAUUUCAUGACCUGGAUUAUUAAACCCGUGGAGGAGGGGAACAAGUUUGGAAUCGAGCGUUUCCGAGGACUUAUCCGAGCAACGUGUCUUAGGAGGACGAAACAGAAAACCUUAGAACUUCCCCCGCGUUUUGAAAGGGUGCACGAAGUUCAUCUUCAUCAGGAGGAUCAGGCUUUAUAUGACGUCUACAAGAAACUCUGCGUAGAAAAGGCUGCAGGUCAGGGGAAUCGAUUAGGGGAUGGCUCAUUACCCAAAGGCAAGGAAUACAACAUUUUAUCACUCAUAUUGUGCUUGCAGCGAAUCUGCGAUCACGGAGAGCAACUUCUGCCUGAUAAGGUAAUAGGGAAAGGAGUGGAGGUUUCGGGUUCUUUCUUGGAUUUGGAAAUGCAACAACUUUGCUCUGGUGGGUGCUCCCUCUGCGGGGGCCGAAUUGACGACGGCGUCUCUGGGACGGAGGACCAAGAUUCCAUAUGCAUCAAUUGUGCAACUUCAAAGGAGGGCCCGUCAAACCUGAGCAGAAAAGACAAAGCGGCUUACCGAUCAGGCAGUUCUGAAAGCUCUAGUUCAGCCAAAGUCUGUUAUCGACCCUCGGCUAAGGUACUGGCAUUGUUAGGGAAUCUAAAACAGGCGCAAGCAGAGGACAGCACCAGGCCGAGAAAGAGUGUAGUAUUUAGCUCCUGGGUCAAAAUGCUUGACUUGGUUCAGUGGGCAUUCCAUCAGGAGCAGAUAGACUUCCAACGCAUCGAUGGGCAUACCAGCCUAGAGGGACGCCGAAGAGCCCUGCAAGAGUUUAAUAGCAAUCCUGACUGCACAGUGAUGUUAGCUACUAUCGGUAGUUCUGCAGAAGGAGUUAAUCUCACAGUCGCCAGUGUAGUGCAUCUGCUAGAGCCUCAUUGGAACCCUAUGGUAGAAGCGCAAGCGGUUGAUCGGGUUCAUCGCAUAGGCCAGACGCAAGAGGUCACAGUUAUUCGAUAUAUCGUCCCCAACUCCGUAGAAACGUAUGUCCAAGAUGUGCAGAAGGAAAAAUUGCAAAUAAUUAAUCAGGCUAUGGAUACGAAUGGAAUAACGGAUGCCGAUCUAGAAUACAGAAGGUGGGAGAGAUUGAAAAAGAUGCUAGAAUAGAAGUACCUGCCACGCAAUGCAUACGGACUAAAAGAGGUGAAAGGAGAGGUUAUUGUGAUACAAGACUUG